AUGGAACCGAUAGACAUCAAGGCUCUCGAGGAGGCUGUGGUCCUCUUUUAUCGAUCGACAUCGAAUCAACAAGCAGUCGCCCACGACUGGCUGACGAAGGCUCAGAGCAGUACACAGGCAUGGUCGUUUUCGUGGGAUUUGAUGCAGUUGGGAAAGAGUCAGGAAGUCCAAUUCUUCGGAGCCAUCACGCUGCACUCGAAGUUAAUGAAAUUCUGGCAUGAGGUUCCGCCGGAGAACCGGGACGAGUUGAAGCAGAAGCUGCUGGAGCACAUUAUAAUGUUCGCUGGGGGGCCUAAGAUCGUCCUGAAUCGACUUUGCAUCGCGCUCAGUGCAUUUAUCGUGCAUAUGCUCAAGGACUGGCCAACUGCGAUUGAGGAUGUUCUCAACACGUUCCAGUCACAGCAGAUCCCGAAUGUAACGCCCGAGACGCAGCUAUGGAUUAUGCUUGAGGUCUUGUCCGGGAUCCCUGAAGAGGCGAAUGCAAUCUACACUUCCGUAAGGCGAGUGACACUGCGCGGAGAAAUUAAUAAGAAGGCCCCGAUUGUGAUGAAGGUUAUCGAGGGAUACUUGGAAGCGCAAGUUGAGCGAGAAUGGCGUGAUGAGGACAUCACGAAUGUGAUAAAAGCCGUUAAAUGUGCCGACAUUUGGAUAAAAAACGGCGGUUAUCAAAUCGACAAGUGUCACAAACUAACCGAUUGUCUGCUCAAAUCAGUUAACAAAGUCUACUGGCCGAAUGCUCAUGACGACGGUUGUUUAUCUGCGGACGAAAACGAUUUAGCCGAAGCAAGUCUCAAAACUCUAGCGAAUAUUAUGAAGCAGCCUGAGUCCCACCUUUAUCCAAACAACGCUUUCACGCUUAUCAAAAUGUGCUUAGAUUCUCUAACAGAUAUAACCAAAUCGGAGUGGAGAGAAAACAAUCCAAACGAGGACAUCGCAGUUAAUAUUUAUACAUUAUUUAUAUCAUCCAUUGAACGGCAUUCACGCUUGCUAAUGGCCGGAGUCUGCGCUGAGGAGUCUCAACACGGAGAAUUGUAUUCGAGACUUGUGAAUGAAAUUCUUCAAUGCACAAACAAGCCGGGCAUUUAUCCAGUGGAAGAAUCAUGCAGCAACUUAGCCAUGGCAUUUUGGUAUUUGCUGCAGGACGAAGUCUUCUCUCUUGCAAAUAACGAGGAAAAAAAUAAAUGCUUGAAAAUUAUUCAACCAUUAUACGCCCACCUGACUCGAAUAUUGAUUCGGAAAGCACAGCAGCCCGACGAGGCGUCUCUAGAUAAGUGGAAUGCCGACGACUUGGAGACAUUCAGAUGUUACCGUCAAGAUAUUGCAGAUACAUUGCUGUACUGUUACGACGUACUUAAAAACCACAUCUUCGUAAUAUUCUCAAGCGCCCUUAAUGAGGCUAUAGUAGAAGUCCAAUCCGAUCCGUCGUCCUGGACUAAAUUAGAAGCUUGCAUACUUGCCUUCCUUGCAGUAGCCGAACGUACAUUUAGCAUGGAAACGGAACAGAUUCCAAAAAUGAUGGAGGUCCUUAAUAAUAUCCCAUACGAAAAACUCAACGAAAAGCUGCUAGGAACAGCUCUAGAAACUGUUGGUGCUUAUUGUUUAUGGUUUAAGGAUAAUCCCGAAUACAUACCGUCUGCAAUACAAUUACUGGUUAAAGGACUAAAUUCAUCGAUGGCCUCACAGGCAACAUUGGGGUUGAAAGAACUAUGUCGCGAUUGCCAAAUACAGUUGAAACCGUACGCUGAACCACUAUUAGAAGCUUGCCAGGCAGUUUUGCUAGGGGGCCGGCUGAAAAACUCGGAGUCUGUUCGGUUGAUGUUCAGUAUAGGAAGAUUAAUGAGUAUGUUGCCGCCUGCAAAAAUCACUUCUUGUCUAGAUGCAAUGGUGUCACCUUGCUUUGAAGAGCUGCAAAUGAUCGCGCAAGCCGGUGCAAAAACGGAGCCCGCUAAAAUAAGAACCCUCUAUCGUUUGAAUAUGAUAUCCACACUUUUCUCCUCCCUGAACACGAACACUGAAGAUGGUUCUGUAUUGAAUGAAUCGUAUUCAAAUGGCGGAGUUCAGCCAAUCUUGAUUGUAAUGCAAAAUACUAUGCCAAUUUUUAAGCAAAUCACUGAGUUGUGGAUUCAGGAAACGCAAGUUGUCGAGGCUUCGUGUAAUGCACUGAAACACGCAAUUACGAAUUUAAUGACAGAUUUCAAGCCGAUGCUGCAAGAUCUUUGUGUGUUGAUAAUUUCAAUUAUGCAGAACAUUUGUUCCGCUCCGCUGUUGGCAGUAUCAAAAACUUGUAUUCUGAUGUUCUACAAAGAUGAAGAUUGCAAAGGAUUAAUGCAACAAUUUCUAGUUGAAGUAAUUUCCCACACGUUCAGACUUUUUGAGCAAACCUUGGAAACGAAUUUUUCGAAUAUCUCUGAUGUCGUAGAAAUGUUUUAUAAUGUCAACUUCCAUAUAGUAAAGAAAGUCCCCGAAGCCAUUUCAAAUGGCACAGUGGACUUGAAUCGUUUAAUUUCAUAUGCACUUCGGGCGAUCACCUUACCUGAAACGGGAGCUAUCCGAUACGGAAUUCAAUUCAUCUCGCACUUUAUUACGCAAUCAAGACAAUAUCCCAUCAUGAUGCAGACCGUUCUCGACAAAGGUGAAGAUAUAAUUCGAACAGCAAUUUUAUGCAUAGGAUGUCAUACGCCGCGCCCUCAUGUUGAUAAAUUCGCGGAUAUAUUCCUGGCGGCAAAUAAGAAAUAUCCAGCCGAGCUUGUUGUGUGGAUGAAAAUGCUUGGAACGUACAACUUCCCCACGCCUGUAAUUGAAAACGAUGAUAAAAUGAAGUUCAUGUCACAGAUAGUGAGAGAAAGAGUGAACAAGCGUUUGAUACAGAAUUAUAUUAGCGAAUUUGCUACGAAAUCUCGAGGAUUAAGCGAAAAGCUCUAAACAAGUUGCCAAAAAACGAACUACAAGUUUACGAUGUUUUUGCGUGUUUUUAGUGAUUGUUUUACGAUUAUCUCUGAUAGCAAUUUUAGUUCAAACCCAACAAUGUGAUAAAAGGCAUUUUAUUUUGUUGAUUUACACGAAUUAGAUUAGAAAAGAAACUUAUUUUCUAAACAUAGGAUUCCCAGACAGUAGGUAGGUUUAUUGUAAUCCAUUUUUAUGCGAAGGUCGUCUUUUGUAUUUCCUCCAAUACAACAUGCGAUACUCUGCUGGACAUCUGUGCGUUGAGAGAUAACUCAUUGAUCAUACUUCCUGCAUGAUGCAUUCAAUAAAUUGACUUUACGAUUAUGAGUAGAAAUUCCCUUCAUCCUAAACGAAACUUUAAGGGUAAUUUAUGGUAGACGCAAGAGAGCUAAGACAUUUUUUUAAAAUGGUUCUAAUACCGACAGACUUUGAAAAAUAACAAUAAAUCUCUCAACGAAUGCAGCAGAGUAUUAUAUACCCAUAAAUAUUUUGCCUUUAGAAAUAUGUAAAUAAGGAAACCCGCGUAUGUCUUUUGACAUAUGUUCUCGCGAUGUGAAUUUGAAUUUCAUUGCUCACCUAAAGGAUCCAAGAGACAUAAUUUACAUUUUUUCGAAAAUUUAAUUUAUCAAUUUGAGGAAGAAAGUGAACGAGUGAGACAUAAGUUAUAUACACCUAAAAUAAUGUAUUAACGCUUUAAAUUCGUACAAAUAUAAUUGACAUGGAAAAUUGGAA